AUGGACACGAAGAGGCCAACAAAUUACCCACAUCUAUUUUCGAGACUGAGACGUUUUCUGUUGGCACCUGUUCUGACUACCGUUGCCCUCCUUGCAUUCACAUUUCACUUCAAUAUCCUCACUAGUCCACGUGAAUCAAUUGACUUCAAUGAUGUGUCGAAGGAGGCCUCCUAUAAAUCGGUGUUACAACACUCUGACGGUAGCCUCGAUGUCAUAUUUAAUAUCCCAGCCUCGUCAAAUCUCGCGCGACAGCUCAAACAGACCAAGCAUGCCACGAAAAAAGUUCUGGACAACAUGAAAGGAUUCGAUAAAUCGGCAAAACUGAUAAAUAAAACAAUAGAUAGGGCCGUGCCUACAUCCGCUAUUGUUGGAAAUAAGACCGGAAGAAGGUUUGUGAAAAAGACACUAUAUCCCGUUACAUUACAAUCCCCGUAUCUCAUCAAUAAUGCUCAAUUAUGUAAGGACAUGAAAAGACCAGGUUUGUUGGUGAUUGUCCAUACCGCCACAGACCAUUUCAAACGACGUAGGUCCAUCAGGGAAACUUGGGCUAACAAAAAUAUUCUUAUCAAUCAUGGACUUAGGAUAGUGUUUAUGUUCGGCUUAACAAAUAACAAGGACACAGAAAUAAUGCUGGAGAACGAGAGUGUUGUGUAUGGUGAUAUUGUUCAAGGAAAUUUCCAAGAUACGUAUCACAAUCUUACUCAUAAAGGUGUGUUAGCCUACCGCUGGAUCAGCGAGUACUGCCCUGAUGCAGACCUCAUCGUCAAAGUCGAUGAUGACAUGUUCGUCAAUAUCUUUUUGCUCCUGGAGGUAUAUUUUCCGAAAUACAAGGACAACCCUCGGUUUAUGGGCUGUCAGGUUAGACAUAAGGGUACCAGUCCCAUUGUCCGAGAUAAAAGUAAAUGGCAAGUCAACCAGGACGAAUUCAAAAAUAUGACUCACUAUCCUGUGACGUAUUGCAAUGGCUACUUCGUCAUAAUGUCACCGGGGAUCAUCCGGGAACUUUACCGAGCUUCGUUCAUGACCCCGUUUUUCUGGGUUGAUGAUGUAUAUCUGUAUGGGUUACUUCCAUAUAAAAUAGGAAAGGUGAAACACAUAGCUCUUAGUAGUAAUCUGACAUUAAGCCAGGAAGCUGGAAUAAACUGCUUCACCGGAAAUACUACCUGUAACUAUUUAGGUGCGUACGCAUUCAAAGAGGAUGUGAUGGAGAAACUCUGGUAUGCCUCUUUAUCUAUGUUCAAAGGUUUAGCUGCCAAAUAUUUACCCAAGGAGUUGCUAUUGACUUGA